AUGCAUAGAGUGAUUGCUUAUUUUUUAGAUUCACUGCCCACGGGUAACAGUGCAUUAUCACGAAAAUUCACUGUCCCGGAUAAAUUUGCAUUACCACGAAGUGAAUGGAUAUUCACUGCCUCGGGUAAAGGUGCAUUACCACGAAAAAUAAUGGAUGCAUUACCACGAAAAAUGAUGGAUGCAUUACCACGAAGAUUGAUGCACUACCACAAAGGUGGAUACACUACCACGGAGCAAAACAACGACUCCAGUUUUACUUUAGAAAAAGAAGUAAAAAUUCAGAGAAAAAACUUUGAAGAAAGAAAAGCUAAAGAAACAACUCGCAAAACAUCUCUUAGCACUGAGUGUAAAUAG